AUGUUGCAAACCAUACCGAGCUCAAUCUUCUUACAGUUUGGGAGCUUCGAUCUAGUUGAAAUAUAUUUUCCAAGGAAGACUCUUAAAGGAUCAUUGGGAACAGACAACAAAGCUAAAGGUAAUGAUGAUGAUGGUUGGACCUUGGUUUCUCGUAAGAAAAAAAGACAUCAGGCGGUUCUAAGAAUACGACUUCCUAAGCCAAGAGUGAUAAAGAAUAACGCGGAGCAUAUACGACCACCAAAAAGUGUUAAGUUUGAUACUAGCAAGAAGAUUGAUGGUGCAUUAUCACGGAAAGACCAAAGGCCUAUUACAUUGUAUGAGUUCUUUCCGAAAAAAUUUCUUGAAGAUAGUAUAAUUGGUGCCACACACGUAAUUUCUAGCACAGAGGAAGUAAUUGAAAGCAAAAAGGGGCAUAGUCCAAUGAUAGCACAAGAACUUCAUGCUAAUAGAGAAGUUGCAUCAUGUUGUGCUGUACCAACUCCUGGAAGGUCGUUGAUACUCUACAUUGCAUCACAAGAGCGAUCACUUGAAGCACUUCUUGCUCAAAAGCAUGAAGAUAAAAAGGAACAAGCGUUGUACUAUUUAAGUCGAACCUUGAUAGGAGCUAAGAUAAAUUAUACGCCCAUUGAGAAAAUGUGCUUAGCUUUGCUUUAUGCAAUAAAGAAAUUAAGGCAUUAUUUUAAGGCAUACACCAUCAAGCUAAUUUCUCGGGCCGAUCCCAUGAAGUUUGCUAUGAAGGGAGAAACACUUGUUAAUUUCCUCGACGAUCACCCUUUACCAGCAGAAUGGGAGGUUUCAGAUGAGUUUCCUAAUGAAGAUGUACUAUUUAUUGAAGAACUAUUGCCCUGGACAAUGCUCUUUGAUGGAUCUGCACAGUAUCAAGCUUUAAUCGUUGGCCUUGAAAUGGAAUUAGACAUAAAGAUUGCAAUUGGAUAUCAAUGGUUUGAUCAGGUAUUCCUAAAUCAUGUCCUAAGAGAAGAAAAUUGCAUGGCAGAUGCUCUGGAUAACUUAGCCACAACGCUGCACUCGGAGAGAAAGAGUCAACAAAGGUGUAAGUAUGUCAUCGAUGGGUUAUUCCUGCUACUUGAGGAUCCACGAAAAAGAGCAGGCAUUAAAAGAAGGGCACCAAGAUUUAUCUUUCAUGAGGAAAUAUCAUUUCAUCGUUCUGAUGAGGGAUUAUUUCUGAGGAGUCUUGACAAAGAAGAAUCUCAACAGACAAUGGAAGAAGCACACUCCGGUAUGUGUGGGGCACACCAAUCAGGGCCUAAGCUUCAUUUCUGCAUAAAAAAUAUGGGCUUCUAUUGGCCGACAAUGGUACUUGAUGUGGUUGGACCUCUUCUAAAGUCAUCAAAAGGGAAAAUGUACAUCUUAGUUGCUACUGACUAUUUCUCAAAAUGGGUUGAAGUUAUGCCAUUAAAAGAAGUGAAAAAGGAAAAUAUUGUUGAUUUUAUCAAGUCAAACAUAAUUUUUAGGUAUGGCAUACCAAGAUGCAUAGUUACGGAUAAUGGAACGCCCUUCAACAAUAAACUCAUGAAGACUUUGUGUGAGAAGUUCAAUUUUAAGCAGCACAAGUCUUCAAUUUACAAUGCACCUGCCAAUGGUCUUGCCGAAGCUUUUAACAAGACGCUUGGUAACCUAUUGACGAAAGUUGUUACAAAAAAUAAAAGGGAUUUGCAUGAGAAGAUCGGUGAAGCUUUGUGGGCAUAUCGUACAAACUUCAGAACUGCAACACAAGCAACUCCAUAUUCAUUGGUGUAUGGAGUAGAGGCAGUCCUUCCAUUAGAACAACAAAUUCUAUCAUUGUGA